AUGGCUGCAUUUAUAAACUGGCAGGUGAAUUUUGCCAACUAUUGAGUGUACAAAACGCCAAUUAGAUUGAUAUGUAGUUUGAUACCUCGAACGCCAACAAACUACAAGAAGAUGACCGAUUUAUAGAAGAUGUCAAAAUGUGUGCACCUAAUGGAAAGAAUAUGAACCAUCUAGUUCCUCUAUCAUGUCAGGGGAGUGACAUGCCCUCACAAAAAAUACUUCUUUUCUCCAUGAUAUAUCCAUUACAACUCGAUCUCUUCCAAGUACAAGUUCUUGUGCUAUCUCUAGCCAGCCGGUGCACGGUUCUUCCUCUCCUCGAGUGUUUAGGCGGAUUGAACAAUGCACUGAUAGCCAGAUAAGUGAAGCUUAUAUUUAUUAAUUUAUUUAUUCUAAUUAUUAUAUACAAUUGAUAUUUAUCGUCCAUGGAGUCCGGCGGCGCCCCGCGCCCGCGGACGUCAGCGUCCUCGCGGCGGCCCUGCGCGGCGGAGGCGUCACGCGCCGGCUCCGGCGCCUUCGUGUACGAUGGCAUGCGCGCCACUCCACUGUCCACGUCCACGGCGAACUUCACGCGCUCCCUCCGCAAGGGGGCCUCCUUCGCCCAGAAGAAGCCGCUGCCCAGCGCCGAUGUCCCGCCGCUGAGGAGCAGCAAGGAGAACAACAGUGCCGGCGAGGACGCCCUCCUGGCGCCGCCGCGCCGGUCGAUGCCCGAGCCUGGCGUCGACGCGCGGGGACUGUGGGAGCCGUCGCCGAGGCGGAGGAGGAGCACCGGGUCGGAGGACGCGGCUGGGAGGGGGUCGUCGGGCGCGCUGCGGGAGAUGAUGGCACGCCGGAAGGAGGAGCCGGAGAAGGAGGAGGCCGCGCACCGUGCGCGCGUGCUGACGGCGCGGCUGCUGCAGUGGCGGUUCGCCAACGCCCGCAUGGAGAAGGCCAUGGCCCGCGCCACCUCCGCCGCCGAGAACAGGCUGUUCUACACAUGGCUGCGCGUGGCGGAGCUGCGCAACAUCCAGGCGGCGAAGCGCAUCGUGGCGCAGCGGCGGCGGCAGAAGCUGAAGCUGGCCCGGCUGCUGCGCCCGCAGCUUCCCCUCCUCGCGUCGUGGGAGCCCCUCGCCAAGCCGCACACCGACGCCACCGCCGACCUCGGCCGCGUCCUCUCGGCCGCCUGCACCAACCUCCCCUUGGCCGCCGGCGCACAGGCCGACUUGCAGUCGUUGCACGACACCAUGUUCUCCUGCUUGGGCACUGUAAACGAGAUCGAAGCCAUCACUGACAUGUUCCACGCCCCGGUACGCACGCACAGCAGACAUUGCGAAUCCGCUCAACUUCGGUCGAUCACGUUGCUUCCCCGUGCAGGCCGGCGCGACGAGCAGCGCGCUCGGCGAGCUCGUGCGGACGAUCCAGCAGGAGUUGGAGUGCCUGGAGGAAGCCACGCGGCUGUCCAGCAUCGUCACCGGCUUGCAGAUGCAGGAAGUGAGCCUCCGGGCAAAUUUGAUCCAGGCAAAGCAGAGGCUUGACCUGGGGCUGGGAGUCGUCGUCGUCGUCGUCCCAACUCUUGCAACUUCUGGUUGGUGUUUUUGAUCGAUCAGACCAGGCAACAGCAGACUACACGCAACUACUCACUCACUAUUAAAUUAAUCGUGAUUAUUAAGAUGCAAGACUUGUUCAUCGUGAAGUGGGAUCUUCAGCUGAUUCGACGUGUGCUUAAUAAUUAGUCUGUUCUUGUAUGAAAUAAGUUAGCUGCACCGUGCUCGUUGUCCCCGUUUGCUUGUGUGCUAUUCUAUUUUCUUCAGGAGCAGGCUUUGUGAUUUAUUUGUGUGCGUGCGUGCAUAUUAAUGAUUGUAACUUGAAUUUAUUGAUGGGUAUGCAUAUAUACUUUCAAAAUUUGUAAUAUGAGUUAUUCAA